UUACACAUCAUGUACACAGGCAUGGGUCCCAAACAACCCGUUGACCAGGGCAGACUUCAAGAAGGCAUCAAGUUCCUCCACGCGUACCAGCUCUGCCGCAAAACAGGCGAAGGCGGCCCCGAUGCAUCUUCUGAGCCCAUCCGUAUGUCCAACCUGUAUGGCAUCCAGAUCUCUUCACAGCUGGCCAGUAAAGAGAACUCUGGCCUGAAGGCUGGCGGUUCACGGGACCCUGAGGACGGCCGCUCCAGCACCAGGGCCGACCGCACACAUGGCCGUUUAGCUCUCGCUGUAGGGCUGGAGGGCAUUACGUCUGAGCGACAGCCUCAAAGCUUCCGCACCGCAUCCUCGGUGGCCUCGGGGGACGACAUUUCAGCACGGAUCAAACAGGAAAGGGUAGAGGAUGAAGAACAACAGGAAGGCGAAAAAGAGCCUUGCUCUCUCUCCCCAGCCCAGGUGAGUCUGGGUCUGUUCAAAGAUGGCCCUCUAGCGCUUUUAUGCCCCCGCUGCGGUGAACACUGUCUGUCACCUGAAGGCCUGCAAGAGCACCUAUUUACCCACGCAGCCUGUGCCCUUGAGCCUAGCGGUCUGAUGGAAGGCCCUUCAGAGGACAAAACCGGGGAGCACAAGUCCCUAGAGGAGAGGCG